ACGCCCUCUACCACGCCUCUCCUCCCAAAACAGGAGGUAGAUUAUCAUCCAUGUCAGCGUACUGACUGGAGACUGCAGAGGACACAACAUCUGACAACUCUUUCAGCUCGGCUCACAGCUUUCAAAAGGUUACCCUCUGAAGAAUGGACGUUAACAACACUACACAGGACAACAGCAUCCUCACCAUUCUACCUCCAAUACCAUUAGGCUAUAAUAAUAAUUACACCAACAGCACCUCAGGCUCCCAAAAUCUCACCAACAUCCUCUCAGAAUUCAGUAAUUACACCAACCGCACCUUCGACUACUACUACUACAACUACGACUGCCUCAACUGCUACCCUAAUUUCAUCAUUUAUGUGGUGACGUGCAUCAUCAUUGCCAUCGGCCUUCCUUUGACCUUCGUCGCCAUCUACUCUCUCUACUCUCAGGUACGAAAUGAUCACGUUGCUCCCAUCUACGUCAUCAACCUUCUGAUUUCUGACAUCGUCCAGCUCUGCUGCAUGAUCUGUGACGUGGCACAAACUACGAGCUUUAUGAAAUCCAUGAUAGACAUCACAAUAGCCAUUAUCUUCCAGUUAAUGUACAUCUACAGUCUGGUGACCAGUGUGUGCUUCAUGGUGUGCAUCGCCCUGGAAAGGUAUUUGCUGAUCGUCUUCCCACUGUGGUACCGCUGCAGACGAACCAUCAAGUCCACUGUGGUGAUCUGUGUCGUGGCCUGGGUCCUUCCUUCUCUCUACUUUCUCAUCUCCACUGUCUUUCUGCUCCUUCCCUUCCCACUGCUCAUAUUCUUCUGCUGUGCGACUCUCAAAGCCCUGUCUGCCUCUGUCUCGAUCCUGCCUGAGGAAAAACGACGAAUUGUAGCAACUUUGGUCCUGAUGCUGCUAAUUUACACGCUGCUUUUCCUGCCCUACAUCAUUUAUAUAAUGACUGACUACAGAAAUUACAAAAACUUCAUUCAAACUACCACUCUCUAUUACCUGUCUCCUGUGUUUCUUAAGCUGAAUCCUCUUGCAGACUUGGUUCUGUAUAUUUUCAUGAAGAAAGGGAUCCUAGACAAGAUUUUGGCCUCUGUGUGUUGUUGCAGAGUUGAAGACAAAGAUGUCAGCAGUCUGGAAAACAACACUAAUGUUUAGAACUAGAAAAGUGGACUCAGGCUCCAUCCACACUGAUUUUAAGCAGAAUUUUUGAGACAAGAAGAUCUCCGUGCACACAACGAGUUUUAGCUCCAGUGACAGAACUAAUCUCAGUCCAUAUUACAGACCUGCAAACCCAGAAGGGCUGAACAAUGUGACACAUUUUAUACAACAGGGUUUGAGCUUUAAUAACUGACAUCACUCUUUCAUUUAACAGGUUAGUCUUGUCUAGUGACACUAGGUUCAGGGCUGCUGUGUGAGUUGUGUUUUUGUUAUGUAAAGUAUUUUAGUAAGAGAGGAUUUUGGUUUAUCCUUUUGUUUUCUUAGAGCUGUAGUAGUAGUCUUCCUUUUGAGGAUCUCUU